UUAGGGGAAAAGCUUGAGAUUCACACCCCCCCAAACCCUCGCGGUCCGUAGCUAUUCCAUUCCAUUCCAUCCAUCUCGUCCCCUUCCCAUCGCCGGCACGGCCACAAUAAUGUCGUCCUCGUCCUCGUCCAUGGCCCGGGCGUCGUCGUCGUCCUCCUCCAUCGUCGCCAACUCCGCUUCCGGCUCGCACGUGCUCAAGAUCGACGGCUACACGCGCACCAAGGGCCUCGCCACCGGCAUCCACCUCAGGUCCUGCUCCUUCCGCGUCGGCGGCCACUCCUGGCACCUUGCCUACCUCCCCAACGGGGACACCGAGCAAAAUGCCGACUUCAUCUCGUUCUUCCUCGUCCUCGAGGACCCCCCGGCCAACGGCGCCCCGGUCCUCGCGCAGUUCUGCGUCGCCCUGCUCGACCGCGCCGGCAAGCCGGUGCCGUCCCAGACCCAGGCCCACCCCGUCACCCGCUUCACCGCCACCGCCGCGCACUGGGGCUUCAACAUGUUCAUCCGGAGGCAAAUGCUCGAGAGGUCGAGGUACCUCAACCCCAAGGACGACUCCUUCUGUGUCCGCUGCGAGGUCAGCGUCGUCACCGGCUUCCACGCCGAGGACGCCGCCUCCGUCGCUGCUGCCGCCGCCGCCGCCAAAGCCGCCGCCGCCGCGUGCGUCCGUGUCCCGCCGUCGGACCUGUCGCGGAACUUCGGCGAACUCCUGCGGAGCGAGCUGGGUGCCGACGUGCGCUUCCGGGUGGAAGGGGAGGACUUCGCCGCGCAUCGCUAUGUGCUCGCGGUAAGAUCGCCGGUGUUCAUGGCCCAGCUAUUCGGCGCCAUGAAGGAGGCCAAGGGCGACUGCUGGGUGGAGAUCGAUGACAUGAGGGCAGACGUGUUCAGGAAUUUCCUGCACUUCAUCUACACCGACGAGCUGCCCAAGCCCGAUGAGCCCAAUAAUAACGAAGAGGCCCUCAUGGCGCAGCACCUGCUCGUCGCCGCCGACAGGUAUGGCAUGGAGAGGCUCAAGCUCAUGUGUGAGGACAUUCUGUGCAAGCACAUCGAUGUUAGCACCGCGGCCACCACGCUGGCCCUUGCUGACCAGCACCGAUGCCAGGGGCUCAAGGAAGCAUGCUUUCAGUUCCUCAAGAAGUCUCCUGGGUCGCUGAAUGCUGUCAUGGCAACUGAUGGAUUUGACCAUCUGGCCAACAGCUGCCCGGCCAUCAUAAAGGAAUUGAUGUCUAGACUUGCUGCAACCCAUUCCAACUGAACAAGAUUAAGGGUACAUGCAUGUCCAACAUGCAUGACAUAUAUGGAAAUUAGUUUCAGCAGCAAUGCAAGAUGCUGCAGCUGUCCACUCCCCCUGUUACUGUUAGUCACAAGUGCCGCUCCGGAUAUGCAUGCUAUGUAUGUUUAGUUAAUCUUAUUAUACUUUAUUUAGUUAUAUGCGAUAUCCCAUAUGUAUGUUUAAUUAGUUAAUCUUGUUAAACUUUGGUUUUGGAAGGAGAACUAUUCCUAGGGGAAAUCCUUUCAAUAUAUUGUAGUUUUAUUGUUUUUUCUUUGUUUCGUAGA